CCGCGCCGGCUCCGCGCUCCCCAAGGCAGAAUUCACAAUGACAACAGUGACAGUGACCACAGAAAUUCCCCCCAGGGGUAAGAUAGAAGAUAAUUCUGCCUUAUAUGAUUCUACAUCGGCUCGCAUUAUUGAAGAAACCGAAUAUGUGAAAAAGAUUCGAACUACUCUGGAAAAGAUCCGAAAUCAAAUGUUUAAAGAUGAAGUAGGCCAUAACAGUAUAAAUCACAAACUAGAUGUAAAGCGCUAUGGAAACCUUCCGAAUGGCUCCAAUACUGAAAUGGAUCCUUCUUGUUGCAGUUUGGAUUUGCUCAUGAAAGAGAUGAAAGGAAAAGACCUACAGCUCUUAGAAAUGAACAAAGAGAACGAAGUAUUGAAAAUCAAGCUGGAAGCCUCCAGAGAAGCAGGAGCAGCGGCUCUGAGAAGCGUGGCCCAGAGAUUAUUUGAAAACUACCAAACACGGUCUGAAGAAGUGAAGAAAAAGCAUGAAGACAGUAAACACUUACUCCAGGUUAACAAGCUUGAAGAAGAACAGAAAUUGAAACAACGGGUUGAAAAUCUGAAUCAAGUCACUGAAAAACUUGAAGAAAAACACAGUCAAAUCACAGAAUUGGAGAACCUUGUACAGAGAAUGGAAAAAGAAAAGAAAACACUACUAGAAAGAAAACAGUCUUUGGAAAACAAGCUGCUACAACUCAAAUCCAGCCCUACAUAUACUAAAAGUUGCCAGGAUCUUCAAAUGGAGAUUUCCAUUCUCCAGGAGCAGAUCUCUCAUCUGCAGUUUGUGAUUCACUCCCAACAUCAGAACCUGCGCAGUGUCAUCCAGGAGAUGGAAGGAUUAAAAAGUGAUUUGAAAGAACAAGAUAAAAGGAUUGAAAAUCUCAAAGAAAAAGUUAACAUACUUGAAGCCCAGGGGCUGGCGGUGCCCCUGCCUGGCAGGAAGCACCUGCUGGGGUUAGAGUGCCUCUGA